AUGAGUGAACGAGAUUUGCUGUUAGGCGCAUCAAACAAAUCUUCAGAUGACAAAAAUGAAGAGGACAAAAAAACUACAAGUAAUAGUGCUUUUAAUUGGGGCAAAUACUCUCUUCUGAAGAAUGUAGUGGAUGCUUAUAAGAAAGAAAACGAAGAUGGCACUGAUGACGGGGAUGAUGAUGAUGAUGAUGAUAGUGACAAUACGACUGGCAUUGCUAUUUUUCGUUUAUAUCCAUUUAUUGACAGAAAACAUCUCUUCAGCAUGUUUGUUGCUAUAUGUCUAGUAGUACUUCAUACUGUCACUAUCGUUGCCAGCUUGGUGGUGCAAGGCCGACUUACAGGAUUCAUUGCUAUGGAAUCUUUUCCUAAGAACUGUUACAAUCAACAACAAAACUCAAGUCGUUCUAGCGCGAUCAACAGCACAUGUUCAAUGACUGUCGAACUCAAUACAGAGAAUUAUACUCAGUUUCGAAAGUAA